GAGUAACGUGUGCGACGCGGGCCCUGCAACGAAAAGUCGACAAGUGGUGCGUGUGUGACCGAGCCGAUCGAUUUUUUCUGCGUCCCCUACACGACAAUGAGCUCGGCGCAGGUGACGGCAGGUCGUACACAAUGCCAAGCUGUCGGAGUCAUUUCGCUUGUCCCGGCAGUUUACCAUCGACAAUGUAACUGAUUAGACUAUGAAAAUGCAUUUUGAUGCCAUUCAUCUGUGGAUGAGCAAAGAUUAAGUCAAGAAUGGCAUUUUCAUUUCGAGCCGGCACUAAUUGGUAUCAUGACUUCCCCAAGCUGGCCCAGACAGCAGGUUUCUAUUUCAAUGCGCACACAACCAGAGUGAGAGUUGACUGGAAUAGAAUCAGUUCUAUAGAUAUAGACAGAGUGAUAAGAGAGAGAGACUUUCAGACAGUCGAUGAUAACGUCAACAACGUUAUUGAUUACGGCCUAGAAAGCGAAUACGACGUCAAAAUCUUAGAUCCUAAUUUUGUCAAACUUUUCCGCUUGGCACAAUUGGCCGUUGAGUAUUUACUGUAUUGCAAGCAAUACUUGGAUUUUACUUUUGCUGUUUUAAAGGAUGAAUUCAAACUCAAACUGGAGGAGAACAAGGAGCUAGAGAGUAAAGUCAAAGAGUUAAAAGAGGAAAUGAAGAGAAUGGAAGAGAAAUACAAAGAGAAAAGCAAGGUCCUUGAUAUCAAAUCUGAUAUCCAUAAAUGUCCUCACUGCCCAAAAACCUUCGUAUCGGCCUCGUUCGCAAAUGCCCAUCUAGUCCGUCGUCACUCGAACCUCUCAAAUGUUUUUCUAAGCUCUUCCCCAGCACACGAAGAGUACAAAGCGGAAACGGAGAAACUCAAAGAUGAGAUAAAGUCAUUGAAAGAGAGACUUAAUCAAACGGAGCGUGUAAUCAGAAAUGAACCGAGUAAUAAAAAUGAAAUAUCUAGAAAGGAAAGGCUGAUGAGUUCUAUGGAAGAUGGAGAUUCUGCGUAUGAAGAUCAAUAUAGGAGAUAUCAGGAGGAAAUUAAUAAUUUAAAGACGAUACUGUUCACUGAGAUUAGGAAUAUCAAAAGAAAGGAAAGUAAUUUGAGUAAUCAAGAGAAUGAUAACAAUAAUGAAAGUAUUAAACAACUAGUCAAUCAUCAAGAAGAUGAAAUUCAAAGACUGAAAAACCAAAUGCAAGAUCAUUUGACUUCCAAUGCAAAUGAUUUUCAAACAAAACUAGCAAAACAAGAGGAAUACUGGAAAUCAAAAAUAGAGCAACUGGAGAAUCAACACCGCAAAGACAUCGAUAAUUUGUUUAUUGAAUUGAAAGUAACGCAAGAGUCGGCCAACCACAUGAAACUGGAGUACGAGGAGAAAGUUUCAUUUUUAGAAAAGCAAUCUAUAGACCAAUCGAAACUAUUGUCUUCUCAAAGCGAGCAAUUAAAAAAUUUAUCCAAAGGAAUGUUGGAUAGCCAAAAAUUAAAAAUUAACGAGAGUGAGAAUAAGACGAGUCAGACCGCUGAGAAAGAAAGUUUGACAGAAGACACAAUGGACAGUGAAUCUAGUCAUAACUUGAGAAAAUCAAUUAGAAAAAUUCUCACGCAAAGUGAUAAUCGUUCACCAGUACACACAAAAACUUCAUCUAGCUUUACUAAACUCUUGUCAUCCAGAAAAGAAGAUGAGCGGCAGAAAGUUAAAACUCGAGAAGAGUUGGCCAGAGAGUCAAACUUAUCCAAGUAUAAAGAGAGAAAGCCAAAGAAUCAUAGACAAACGACGAAAGCUGGUGUUAAGUAUUCAUCGCUUGAUGAAUCGGGCAAAAGCGAAACGAGCGACGUAUCAGAAUCAGAGACAGAGAUCGAUGAAGAUUCAGACGAGGAGACCAGUGAAAGCUCUGGGAGUCUAACUGAAAGCACUAAUGACGAAGCCACUUUCAGUACUGAAAAAGAACCGAUAAAAAGAGAAAGACGUUCUUCUGUAAUAUCGCUAGACGCUAUCAAAGAAGAUAUGGAGGAAGCUUUUGAGAAGAGACUUCGAGAUUUAGGAAUAGAUCCCGACUGGAACGGCAUUCCCGUAGCAACUUUCAAGCAGAAGAUAGAAACCAUCCGACAUCAACAAAAUAUUUUAUGCAGAAAGUAUCCAAAGUACGAGCAAAUUCGAAAGAAACUUUUUGAAGAACUCGUAAAAAGAAUACCUUCCGCACAAAAGUUUCCAAAGAAAGUUGAACUGGAGAAGAAGUCAUUUUUGAACAAGGCCGUGAAGAAUGUCAAGUCGAAAGCCUUGAAAGCUCUGAAUGAGUUCAAAUUACAAAAAAAUCAGGAAUCAUCAACGUCAGUAAUCAGCUCCAAAAAUUCAACGCCAAGAGAAUCACAAUCAAAGCGCCGAUUCAGUCUCGAACUUCUGCCGAAGAAACCGACACACCAAGAUAUUCAAGAAAUCAAAACACAAGCGACAUUCGAAUCCGCUACAAAACCAAAGCGAGAAGAACCAACUGUAAAACUUCGGUCUAGCUUGAAUGUCGAAGAAAGCGUAAUUAUCGAAUCGCCUCAACCAGCACGUCCAAAACUUCUGCAAAGGUCAUAUCAAAGCAUCGAGGAAUUCAUGAGAGAUAUCGAAGAACCAACGAUUCCAAAGUUGGACAUGACUAGUUCAAAGAUUACAUCUACUCCUUCGAGGAACGUUAAGAACAUUCUACUUGAUUCAUACACAUUUGGCAAUGAAUCGGAUGGACAGUCGGCAAAGCAAGAUGCCCCUUGGGCACUGGCUUCACCAAAGAACAACAAAAGCGUGUUGAAAUCAACAAGUGGAGUUGGCAGUACGGUGAAGAAAAAAGUCAUAUUCGAUCUAGAAAAAGAAAAUAGUCCUGAUAAGGAAUCAAAGUCGGUUAACUCUUUUAUCACAGGAAAACAGAACGAGCAGAAAGACUUGCACGAUAAUGCCUGGAAUAUUUCAAGCGUACAAAACGAAAAGGUAGUGGUUAAAGAGAGAGCCGAGAGCACCGAGAAUAUACAGCUGAAAACUUCUCAAAGUGAGAAAAUCGCAGAAAUCUCACGGAGAAUUCAAGAAAAACUCGCAGCCUCUCGUAGUCAAAAACCAGCCGGGUCAGUCGAAACAAUGUUCACCGCCGGAUCGCCAUUAAAAACCUUUGCAUCGACGCAGCAAAGUCCUCUACGAGAAAAGCCAUCUAGUCACGUAAUCGAGGCAAGACCAAGAAUUAGCCAAACACCUCAACCAGCUCCUCGUAAGCAAAUGUUCGAGAGCAAAGAUUCCGACUUGGACACAGAUAUCGAAGAUUUAUUAAUUAAUUAAUAUGUACGUUAUCCAAGUU